CCCGAGCGUUGGAGUCGGGAGCGCGGAAUCCGGUGAUGGCGGGGCCUCCGGCGUCUCUGUCGGCGCGGGACGUAGGAUCAUUUGCAUAUCUUUCAGUUAAAGACAGAUCACCCCAGAUCUUAACGAAAGCUAUUGAUACAUUGCAUCGACAUAAAAGUGAAUUUUUUGAGAAACAUGGAGAGAAAGGCCUGGAAGCUGAAAAGAAAGCAAUUUCUCUUCUUUCUAAAUUGCGGAACGAAUUGCAAACAGAUAAACCGAUUGUUCCUUUGGUUGAAAAGUUUGUUGAUACUGACAUAUGGAAUCAGUACCUAGAAUAUCAACAGAGUCUUUUAAAUGAAAGUGAUGGGAAACCAAGGUGGUUUCUCUCACCGUGGCUAUUUGUAGAAUGCUACAUGUAUCGUAGAAUUCACGAAGCAAUUAUCCAAAGUCCACCAAUUGAUGACUUUGAUAUAUUUAAAGAAUUGAAAGACCAAAAUUUCUUUGAAUCUCAGGAAUCUGUCAUUACCUUAUGUACUCAUCUGCAAGAGUUGAGGAAAACUAUUGACCUAGAUGAAAAUCAACUGAAAAAUGAAUUUUUAAAAGUUCUUCAGAUUUCACUAUGGGGAAAUAAGUGUGAUCUGUCUCUAUCAGGUGGGGAACAUAUUUCUCAGAAGACCAAUAUAAUGAAUUCAUUGGAAGACCUAAAACCUUUCAUUUUAGUGAACGACAUGGAUCGUCUUUGGUCAUUGCUAAGCAAUUGCAAGAAAACAAGAGAAGAAGAAUCUGUUACUCGAGUGGAUAUUGUUCUGGAUAAUUCUGGUUUUGAACUUAUUACAGACUUGGUAUUAGCUGACUUCUUGUUGUCCUCUAAACUGGCAACUAAGAUCCAUUUUUAUGGAAAAACGAUUCCAUGGUUUGUUUCUGAUACUACUAUUCACGAUUUUAAUUGGAUAAUCAAACAACUAAAGCAUUCUAAUAAUAAGUGGGUGUCCCAAUGUGGGGUUGACUGGGAAGACCAUAUUAAAACGGGCAGAUGGGUUUACGUCGAUCAUGUAUUUUGGACUCUGCCUCAUGAAUUCAGUGCAAUGUCUCAGGUCGCUCCUGAUUUAUAUGCUGCACUACAAAAGGCUCAUUUAAUUUUCUUCAAGGGUGACUUGAAUUAUAGGAAGCUGACGGGCGACAGAAGAUGGGAGUUUACCAUUCCAUUUCAUGAGGCAUUGAGUGGCUUCCACCCUGCACCUCUGUGCAGCAUCAGAACAUUAAAGGCUGAGGUUCAGGUUGGUCUGCAGCCCGGACAAGGUGAACAGCUCACAGCUUCUGAGCCCAACUGGCUGACCACUGGGAAAUACGGAGUAUUUCAGUUUGAUGGUCCACUCUGACUUGGUGUAGAACUUUCAGUUGUGUAGAAAGAUCUGACCGACACUCGGCAGCCCCAACAAAGCUCUGGGAAGCUUGGCUUCUCGGUGGUGAUUUAUACACUCUCCGAUGCUUUCUUGUUUGAACGCUUAGCCCCACUACAUUGUUUUGGGGCUAGGUGGAUUACACUGGU